AUGGAUCCUAGUCGGAAAAAGAAAACUGGUAGUGCAUCGUCAUCUAAAACGUCAAGUGGCACAUCAAAGCAGCAACAUAAAAAGGUGCGAGCCGUUGCGGUUGGUCAGAGUGCUUCAUCGCCACCUUCCUCAGAUACUUUCGACGACAGUGGGCCAUCGUCGUCUUCCAACCAGCUGAUUCAACCAUUUCAGAGACAUCUUAAUCUCGGUGGUGAUGUAGAGGACGAAAUCGAAAACUCUAAUGGUUUCGACCCUCCAGCUAAUCUUGAUGUAUCCGCAGGAUCAGGUUUUUGUGAUCACGAGAAAGCGGAGGACAUUUCGUCGGAUAAUAAUAGUGGAGAACAUGAUCGGAUGGGCGAUGAUGGAUAUCCUCUCAUCGUUGACCUUGGAACAAGUGAACGUCAGUCUCGAUUGGCUCGUCAACGCCUCAUUGAUGAAGUUAUUCAGGAUCAGGCAUUUGAUCAGGACGUUAUUGAAGAACUGGAACGUGCAAAUAUGCGGCGGGUCUUCGAAGAGAUUGAAGAGGGGGAGGACGCCGAGCACGCUGCAAUGAGGCGGCGAGCUACUGCAAAUGGAAUUGUGAGUGGUGAAGAUUCUCUAACACCUCGUGUUGAGGCUGCGAUCGCGAAUUACAUGGUGCGGAAAUAUGCAGACCCGGGAGGUAACGCUAACUCCGCUGUGAGCGCAGGAGAGCCUGAGGAGCCAGGUCCAUCAUCUUCCAGAUUGUCCAGUAGACCCGUUAAUAUUGUCCCAGUCAGUCACAAUCAUCUUGAACAUCCUGCUAAUAAUCUAGUCGCAGCGGGACGGCGUGCUAGCCCUGUACCUGAGCCCAGAAGUUCCAGAAGCCUAGGAGAAAAAGUACGCACAGGAAUGUCUCGUCGUGCUGCAAACGCCGUGGACGACAAUCCACUCGGAUGGCAAGGCGCGAAGACUACACUCAAGGAAAGAAUAAGCUACAUGUACUGCAAAGACGUUCUCGCCGAUGUGUACUUCACCGUUGGAAAAGACGACAUGAGGCAGCGAAUACCGGCUCACAAGUUCGUUUUAUCGAUCGGCUCCGUUGUCUUCGACGCAAUGUUCAAUGGUGGCCUCACUCCACAAAACUCCAGAGAUCCGCUAGAAAUUGAACUGCCUGACGUUGAAGUCCCGGCAUUCCGCGCUCUUUUGCGAUUUCUCUAUUCUGAUGAGGUAGAAAUCGGACCGGAAAGCGUCAUGACUACAUUAUAUACAGCAAAGAAAUACGCCGUACCAGCGAUGGAAACAGCAUGCGUUGAAUUUCUGAAGCAGAGUCUUGGAGCCGACAAUGCGUUCAUGCUGCUAACACAGGCUCGACUAUUCGACGAACUGGCGAAGUUAUGCUUGGAAAUCAUUGAUAAAAACACAGCGGAAGCAUUGAAUGGCGAAGGGUUCACCGACAUUGAUUUGGAGGCCCUAUGCCUUGUACUUGCGAGGGACACGUUACGAGUGAAGGAAGCACAGUUAUUCCAGGCUGUGGUCCGCUGGUCAACUGAAGAAUGUGCUCGUCGUGGUCUCGAACCAACAACUGAGAAUCGACGAGCGGUGCUGGGGCGUGCUGUGCAACUAAUCCGCUUUCCUUUAAUGACGGUGGAAGAAUUUGCUCAAUCAGCUGGUACGUGUCAAGCUCAGUCCGGACUUCUGACCGAUCGUGAGGUUGUCAAUUUGUUCUUAUACUUCACCGUGAACCCGAAGCCAUCGAUAGGGUUCAAUGACAAUCCAAGAUGUUCCGGUGCUGGCAAAGAGCUGGUUGUCAGUCGUUUUCAGCGCAUUGAAGGUCGGUGGGGUUACAGCGGUACCCCGGACAGAAUCAAGUUCACCGUCGACAGAAAAAUCUUCGUGGUUGGUUUCGGUCUGGGUAUGAGUGCUAUACUGGCCCUCAUGAAUAUCAGUGUGUUAUUCAGAUUAUCCAUUGUGGUACCGGCAAAGUGUUGGCUCAAAAUGAUACAUCGUUUGUAUGCGAUGGUUCCUCGUCAACCUGUCGAGUAUCGUUCCGGGUACCCGUGGAAAUUACUCCUGGAGUCACAUAUAUUGCAAGUGCCUGUUUGA